GCCAUCUUUCUCCGGUGGAUGAAAUUCUAGCAUUUUCAUGGCGACGGCGCCGGUGAAGUCUCAGCCUCUGCAUAACUUCUCUUUACCUUGUUUGAAAUGGGGACACAAGAAUCAGAUCAACAGCGGCAAUAGGUUUCGGAGGUCGGCAGAAUCGGGUCACAACUCACCUCCAACGCCUCCUCGUUCGGUAGUACAUGUCAAUGCAUCUCCGUCGCGGAUUGAAGCGGAUGUGGGUUCAAAGAGUAAAUCCCAGGCGCAAAACCGUUUCUCAUUCACGUCUUGUUCAACCCAGAAUCAGGAAGCGGUGGCUGUGGCUGUGGCUGUGGAUGGAAUCGCCGAAGGCGGCGGCGGAGGCGAUGAUCGUGGCGAGAAGAUCUUUGAUGCUGAUGAAUUGUCGGCGAAGCCGUGGAAUCUGAGGCCUAGGAAGGUUGUGUCGAAGGCAGGGGUUGAGAUCGGAACUGCAAUUCCGUUGCCGCAAAGUGAAAGGCAUGUGAAAUCGAUGAGGCUUAGAGGAUUGGGUGAAAGUCAUAUGGCGGAAAGGAGAGCGAAGAGGAAGUUUUGGGUCGCGCUUUCUAGAGAGGAGGUUGAAGAAGAUGUUUACGCUAUGACUGGAUUGAGACCUGCGAGGAGGCCCAAGAAGAGGUCCAAGAAUGUUCAGAAACAUGUCGAUAAUGUUUUUCCGGGCACUGAUUUGGUGGGUGUUUCUGCAAGCGAUUAUCGAGUUUAUGAAACUCUGGGUUGAUGAUGAUGAUGAUGAUGAAGUUGAUCCUGAGAUUGGGAAUGCAUGCUUAAUGAAGACCUAAACUUUAGGUAUAAAGAAGUGAAUUAUGUAGAAAAGAUAGUGAAUUACUGAAUUAGCCACCUGAAUAAGAAGAAAUAUAUCUGAUUUCUUGCAACAUGUUGAUUAGCACAUACUAUUUGAAACAAAAGAUACUUUAAUUUAGUUUGAACAAGGUUUUACUAGUAAUAUAUACAUUUUCUUCUUCUUCUUCUUCAUUAUAUGUCUGUCAUUUUCUGCA